AGCACAUGGAGUCUCCUCCUCUACAGCCAUAGGACCAAGUCAUCAGGCUGGCUGCCACCUGGCACCUGCAGCAGUGCACAUGGACCCCCCAAUGGAUGGGACAUGGCCACCAAUAGAGACGGGCGAGACUUCUACAUCAACCACAUGUCCCAAAGCAGCUCCUUGGAGGAGGUUCGUCUGGACGGGGACAAGUUUGUACCUCCGGCCCCCCGUAAGGUGGAGAUGAGACGAGAUCCAGUCCUGGGCUUUGGCUUUGUGGCAGGCAGUGAAAAACCAGUGGUGGUUCGGUCAGUCACACCAGGAGGUCCCUCUGAGGGCAGACUGACCCCCGGAGACGAGAUCAUCAUGAUUAACGACGAGCUGGUCAGCUCCGCCCCCAGGGAGAUGGUCAUCGACCUCGUCAGGAGCUGCAAAGAAUCCAUUGUUUUGACAGUGGUUCUACCGUACCCAUCACCCAAAUCUGCGUUCAUCAGUGCAGCCAAAAAGGCCAAGUUAAAGUCUAAUCCAGUGAAAGUCCGCUUCGCAGAGGAGGUCAUCAUUAACGGUCAAGUCCCGGAAUCUGUGAAGGACAACUCUCUACUCUUCAUGACAAAUGUUCUGAAGGUGUACCUGGAGAACGGACAGACUAAAUCCUUUAAGUUUGACAGGAACACAUCCAUUAAGGAUGUCAUCUUGACCCUGCAAGAGAAGCUCUUCAUUAAGAGUAUUGAACACUUCUCACUGAUGCUGGAGCACAGACACGAGGGCUCGGCCAGCAGACUCAUGCUCCUCCACGAGCAGGAGAUGUUAACUCAGGCAACACAGAGACCAGGGGCGCACAAGAUGAAAUGCUUCUUCCGCAUCAGCUUUGUCCCAAAGGACCCCAUUGACCUCCUCAGGAGAGAUGCAGUGGCGUUUGAAUACCUCUAUGUUCAGAGCUGUAAUGACGUGGUGCUGGAGAGAUUUGGGUCAGAGCUGAAAUACGACACGGCCCUGCGUCUGGCUGCCCUGCAGAUGUACAUCCUCACUAUUAACACCAAACAAUCGCAGAAAGUCUCCCUCAAGUACAUUGAGAAGGAGUGGGGUUUGGCACUGUUCCUCCCUCCUGCAGUACUAUCCAGUAUGAAAGAGAAGAACAUCAAGAAAGCCCUAACACACAUUCUCAAAACCAACCAGAAUCUGGUACCUCCUGGAAAAAAGCUGUCAGCAUUGCAGGCCAAGGUCCACUAUCUGAAGUAUCUCAGUGACCUGAGACUGUAUGGAGGGCGGGUGUUUAAAUCUAUACUGCUGCAAGGAGAGAAGCACACAGAGGUGACCUUACUAGUGGGUCCCAGGUAUGGCAUCAGUCAUGUGAUCAACACCAAGACUAACCUGGUGGCGCUGCUGGCGGACUUCAGCCACGUCAACCGUAUCGAGAUGUACACAGAGGACGAGAAGAACGUCAGGGUAGAGCUACAUGUUCUGGAUGUGAAGCCCAUCACUCUGCUAAUGGAGUCCACUGAUGCGAUGAAUCUGGCCUGUCUGACUGCUGGAUACUACAGACUACUGGUGGACUCUCGUCGUUCCAUCUUCAACGUGGUCAAAACAGGGAAUGUAGUCAACACCGGCCAUGACUCCAGAGUAAAGCAGGUCUACCAGGCCAUAGAGUGGACAUACAGCGCUUCCUUUAGGGGAUGUGAGGAGCACCAGCACCACAACAACCAGCGCUGCAUCAGAGAGCCCUCCACCAAUAGAGACACAGACUACAUGGACCCUGGCUAUAUCACUGAGAUACAGCAGCCGCCCCAGUACUGCAUGCAAAUGGCAGAGAGGGUGGAUGCCAGAGGGGGGACCAGUGGUCCAACACACCCCCAACCCUACCUCUGUGUCCCCAGGCCCAAACCCCAGGACUCCCCCCGCAGCGUCAAGGUCUCCUUCACCUUCGGGGAUCCUCCGUUAGACAGUGUGGACCCCCAGAACCUGGGCUACCAGAGGCUGAUGGAGGAAGGCCCAGAGGUUCUACACGACCCCAUGUAUGAGCGACUAGAUGAGGACUACAACAGCGGGGAUCCCAUGGGGAUGACCGGGGAGGGAUAUCCUUACGCUGACAAAAUCUUCGGCAUCACCGAGUGCAGUGAGGAGCCGCUGCUGCACGACAUAUGCUAUGCGGACACCACAGACGCGGACGAGGACGAGGAGGACAUCAGCUGCGAGGAGGACAUGGGACUGAUGGGGGAUCUGGACAAGGCUAGGUUCCUCACGCUCUCUGGGUCCAGCGAUGACAUCAUCGACCUGACCUCCCUGCCCCCGCCAUGGGAGGGUAAGGACGAGAAAGAUAACGAAGAUGUGUUGCUUCACUCCCUCAACCUGGCCAUCGCAGCCCCGCCCCCAGGCUUCAGGGACCGCUCUGAUGAGGACGAGCAGCACGGGGGGGCCCGGUUGCCUGUCAAGAAGGGCCAGGGGACCCGUGAUAAUAUCCCAGUGUCCCUCAUAGACUCAGUCACCACACAGGUGGAGGAGGGCCUUGAGGGGGCCCUGGACGAAGCUGUGGUGUCCACAUUACAGGCCCUGGAGGCCCUGGCAGCUUCUGAGGAGCAGAGCCCAAAACCACAGUCAGAAAAUAGCACAGGUAUAGAAAUAUCAAGGGCAUUUAGCCCCGAGUCCUCGUCAGACUCUGGCAACGAGACUAACUCCUCUGAGAUGACAGAGAGCUCAGAGCUGGUCGCUGCCCAGAAACUCUCUGAAACCCACCUGAGACUGUAUGUAGCAACCAAUGAGGGCUACCACACUCUGACUGAGGAGAAAAUAGAGUUUCCUGUAACACGGUAUGAGGACGGGACGGCCCUGGCCAUACAGCACGACCCUCAGGAGACCGAGGAGGAGGAGGAAAAGAAGAAAGAGGAAGGGGCCACGUCCUCGGGUGUGUCAUCCACCCAGAUCCUCUACUCAGAAAGGGGAGAGAUGGAGCCAGAGACCAUGGAGACCAAGUCCCCCACCGACUACUUUAGCAAACUGCACAUGGGCUCUUUGAUGAGCAAGCAGCCAGGAAAGCACAGUGACCCUGAGGGCAGGAUUCAGGGAGAUACCAGUGACUCAAGAGAAAAACGAAACAGCAAAGUCCACUCAAAUAGAGGGGAGCCACCCAAAUAUAAUGCUAUUGUAAGGGAAUCUCCAUACAUGAACCAAUUCGAGUUGGGCCGAACGCCAUAUCCGUAUCGAGAGAAGCCCCCAAGAUAUCACCGGCCGCCUGAAAACAAAGUGGCUAACAAUCUUUCCCCAGACUGUGUGAAUGACUCACAAGCCUCCCUCUCUGACAGGGUAACAAUUAAGGGAGACAAGCAGGACUGGGAUGAAAGGAGCCAGCAGUUAGAGGCUUCACACUCCCAUGCCAAAGACCCCCACAGUACCCAGGAAGCCAAUUUACCCAGCAGCGACCGGCAGCAGCAGCAGUCGAGGAUCCCCUCAGCCGAGCAGGAUGUCACACGGCUCUAUGAGUACCACCUUAGUAAGCACAUGCCAUCGUUACAGAGCAGCGAGGGUGUCCACUCCCUCCAGAGCUCACAGUGUUCCUCCAUAGACGCUAGCUGCAGUACAGGAAGCAGCAGAUGUGUCACGCCCAUGGACUCCCCCCUCUGCGCUGGAGAAAACAUGCAUCUACUGUCGGAGUGUUCCCUCAAGGGAAUGGGCCAUAUGAGUUGGGAGGAGAAGGCCUAUGGCACCCAAGGCCAGGCCACGCAGCAAGGCAAGGCUAGACAUCAGACCAUGGACCCAACCCUGCUGAGGAAGAUCCACGCAGCCACCAGUGCUGAGCCUGGGUUCGGUACCGUACGAGGAGAUGACUGCCACCGGAUGCCCAAGAUCAAAGAAACCACAGCUUGUACACAGCUGGAGACGGCUGCUGGGAAAGACUCCUCCUCAGCUCUCUCUGAGGUCAACUCCGCCGCCACCACCACCAACUCACCACCAUCAUUCACCAGUAGCAGCAGCACGUCCAGAGUCCAGUGUUCCCAGUGUGCCAAAGCAGCAGGGGUGCCACAGCCCUGA